GCGCCGCGCUCCUGGGGCAGCCGAGAGGCGGCGGCGGGACACGGCCCGCUCCCGGCCGCGGUGCCCUCACGGCGGGGCCGCCGCCCAGCCCCGGGCGAGGAGGCGGCUGCGGGGCGGUGCCGGCGCCGGGCCGGGCCGGGGGAGGCCGCACCUGCGCCCGCCCUCACCGCCGCCUCCUCGCCCACCUGGCCGCUCUCGGCACAGCAGCCGCCGCCGCAGCAACAUGUUGCCCAGGGGAGCCUCGUCCAUGCCGCCGCCUCCCAACCCCGCUCCCUACUUCCCGCCUCCGCGGGUCACGCUGCCCUCCGGCCUGGAGAUCCUGCGCACCUUCUCGGGAGCCGUCAUCUUCCUGGAGAUCCUGUUUGGAACAAUAGUCUGGAUUUUGGUCGCCUCUACCCAAAUUCCGCUGCCACUGCUGCAGGGAUGGGUAAUGUUUGUGGCAGUAACAGCGUGGUUCCUCUCCAUUGUGUUUCUCUCUGUGUUCCUCUUUGGUUAUGCAAAUAGACUUGCUGUCAACUGGAACCAGGCGGACUUUAUUUUCCAUGGGGCUACUUUUGUCUUUUAUUUUGGAGCAUUUCUACUGCAAGCAGCAACUACAUCUCUGCAUCACUUUCCCCGCAAAUUCAACUCCACCACAUAUGAGAGGAUUCUAAGUGGUCGUGAAUAUAACAUAAGCAUAGCAGCCUCGAUUUUUGCCUUUGCAACAGCUAUUUGUUAUGGUUGCAGCACAGCCCUGGCAUUAAGGAGAUGGAGGCUAAAUAACAGUUGAAGAGAGGUUAAUGCCCACGUGUUCCACUUCAGAUCAAAUUAAGUGCUACUUGUCUGUUUUACUGUAAUUUAAUUCUAAAAAGACUUUUUUUUUUUUUUUUUCCCCUGCUUAAAAUAUGCUUUAAAUGCAAGUAACCCCUAAUCAGGAUUUCUUCAGCAGAAAAAUGUUUCCAUCUUCCCUUUCUGAUAUUUACUUUUACUGUGUACUCAUUGUAAGAUAAUAGAGUUUAGGGAUAGAGAGAUAUGUCAUUAGCAGAAAACAGACCUCCAAUGCUAUGCCAGAAAAGGAAGAAAAUGGAAACCAAGCCAAGAUGUUAAGUGCACAGGCAGCUAAAAAUCUCACCCCUUGUUAAGCCUUGGGAUUAAGUGCUUUGCAGCGUUACAGAGCACACAGGUAGAGCCUUGAGGCUCCUGGUAGAGUCAUGGGUGUUCUGUGUGCUGCCCUUUGCAUGACCAGAUCCCAAGCUGACUUUGAAAUUACAAUUUAGUACCUAUAUGUUAUUAACUUUGAUGUACAGAGAAAAUAUUUUAAAAAAACAUCCAGUGAAAUCUUUUUAUAUUCACUUACAGCUGUGUCUGGCUAGGGUCACCUGAGCCUUAAAGCUUACUGUGUUCCAUACUAGAUGAAAACUGGGACUUUCAAUCAGCAGUUUAUUUGUUUUAGGAAUUUAGCUUAAUCAGAUAUAUUUAUACUAUAAAGCAAAACAGUGCAUUUGAGUUGUGUGUGUAUAUACAUGGUAUAUUUUUGUUUAACAGGAAAUUUUGCACUGUUUAACUUUAUUGGAGUACAGCUUUGUUCUUGCUACUUCAAGUGCUGCAUUUGUUAGGUAUUAUGUGAGUCAAUAUCAUUUGAAUGGAAUGUUACCAAAUAGUGAAUAAUGUCUGACCUCAAUUCUUGCAGUGUGUUAUUUGUUGCAUUCUAAAGCUGCAGUGUUGUAAAGGUGUUUUUUAUUUGGACAGAUGCCUAUGCAACAUCUUGCUGAAAGCAGUGGAAUGCAAAGCAGUCCGCCCACUAUGGAGUUCACUUUUCAUGUGAAUGACAUUUAAUUGAGCCUCUCUUGAAUAUCCUGGUGUAUGAUGACAUGUAAUAUUAUAUACAGAAAAUUGAUUUAGCAAAACUCAACUAUAACAUUGUUCUCUGCUCCCUGAUAGUCAUAUAAUUUUGCACAUGGUGAAGCUUUUUGUUAUUUUGCUAGUAAAUAACUUUUGCUUUUGUGAAUAGUGCCAAAAAGAUAAGCUGGGACAGUAAAGGCUCCCUGUCAUUCAUAAAACAACUUGUUCACUACAUCUUGCCAGUGCACCUGAUUAUUCUGCAGAGACCAGCAGUGGUUGUGUAAGGGAAGAAAGGAUUUCCUUCAUUCCCAGGCCUGCUUGCUCUCCUUGAGCCAACAAGGGUGUCUGCCAUGGGGACUGCUUUAUCAAACUUGUCAAGUACAAGGAUCUCCGAGGGGCAGCCACCCUCAGCAGUACCCUGCUGACCCAGGCUGGGUUCUUGUGGGUGGCACAGCAGUGAGUGGCACCCUUCUGACUGUGGAACCACUUGGUCAUCCUGAAUUACUACAAUGGGAUGUUGUCAUGUACCCGUUUUCUGAAGGUUUUUUUCUUCCAAAGAUUUUAUACUCUGGCUGAUUUUUUUUCCCCUAAUUCUCUCAUUGCAUCCAAACUUUUUGUGAACAUUUUAUCUAGAGCCAUAUACUUUUGCAAAUACUUCAUAUUGUAUAAAAUACAUUUACACUGGAGUAUAUGGAUGAAAGUAUAUAAUGAAGACUUAUGCUAACCAGCAUUAAAGUUACUUGAUAUAUUUAUGGCAGUAGUCUGGUUAUUAAUUUUGUCUUUGGAAAGUAUCAAAAAAACUACCUUGCUACUCUGACUUACCUGAUGCUAGACAUACAAAAUUGAAGCUAUGAUUUCAUAAGAAGGCACGGUUGCAUUUGGGCUAGUUUCACAUAUAUUUAAUUAAUUUCACAGCUAGUUUGCCAUGUGACAUUCUGUGAAUAUUGGUGAGAAAAGUAAAGGCAGUUACAAUGUUUCAAACCAAUGCUGAUCUUUGAUUUGGUUUUCCUGUGUCCUGCUGGCUAUGCUGGCUAUGCCCUGCACACCACAGACUGUGCAUGCCACAGCUGCAGUCUCUGCAGCCAGCUGAGAUCAUGGAGGCCAGGUCUUAAUGUUUUGCAUAUUUAAACCUACAGAGUAUGAAUCACACACGUGGAGUCAAUUAAAGGGCUGUCCAAGCUUAGCUGGCAUUUUUGCCAUUUGGUAUCUAACCUCCAAGUUUAAACCUGAGGUGUAAAACCCUUGAGUGGUGAGUGCUAUUCAAGCCUUGUAAUCUACUCAUGGAAGUCCAGAUAGCAGAGUGCAGUUACCGUAGCAUGGGAACUGUUUGCAUAGUGAGGAAAGACUGAACUUUCCCUCUUAAGUAUCAAAGACAAACAAAGGACAGAGAAGAGAUAAAGAUAAAAACUACAGUAAUGAAGAACAACUUUCACAGGUAAAAUGAAAUGAAAGAAUAGAAUUUUUGUGUUAGUAUGGAUAGAGUUUUGCUGUACUUUGAGGAAUAUCCACGGACAGUCAAACUGGAAUGUGCAGUUAUGUUCUUUAAAAAAAAAAAACCCAGGAAAAAAAGUAGUUAAUUUUAUAUUACUUUAUACCGGGUGCUAAAAAAGUAGGUGUGACUUAGAAAUGGUAUGUGUGUGCUGGAUGUAUGCAAAUACUGAUAUGGAUAUAAUAUGUAAUCCCUGUGACAGGUAUUCCAAGGAAAAUGUGCAAGCUGGUUCUAAAAAAUCUUACUUCCUUGUAAGAGAAUUCCUCCAAGCCUAUGACACAAGCUGAGACCUCUCCGAAGAAUGAAGGAUCUAAGCUGGGAGGUGGGGAGGGACAUAGGGAGAUAAUUUGUCUCAAUUCAUUUAAGGUGAAAGGAACAAGACCACAGAUGCCAAAUAGACUUUUCCUCAAACAUCUCUAUUUGAUGUGAAGCUGCAGUGCAGCAGUAUCUAAGGUACCAUGCAGGUCCCUAUUCUUAGAAAAUAUUUCAUGGUGUUUGGAUAGCACUGUGUGGUAGCUGCUGGUAAAUAAGGAGAAGGAGCCUCAAAGGAGACUUUCCUUCAACGGGUGGAGAUAAGCAACAGUUAUUGCAAUUAUUCUCUUUCUAAUGAGAAGUGAAAGUGCACGUUAGAAAGCUAAAAUUUUGUUAGAAUUUUGGCAGAAAAUAUGCACAGCACGUGCUUCACUGAAAUCCUCAUUCUGCUUCUGCCUUGCUAAAUGUCUGAAAAUAAUCCAAAGUGACACAGGUGCUGCAGGAUUCUUGAUCUGCAGGAGGUCAGUCUGUUCAGAUUAUCAUGAUUUCUCUGGCUGUGCAUAUUGGUUAUAACUCCUGAUGUGAGUAAAGUUGUGCUACUGUAAAAUGUUUCCUUAAAACACAGCUGCAAACCACAGCUUUUAAAAGAGAGAGGCAGAACCAGUGACUACAUAGACCUGUGCCCUUCAUAAAAAUAAAAGAAAACCCACUGGAUAAUCACUAGACCUGUGUUGUCUCUUUCACUUCCAAAACCAGAUGACAAUGCUGACUCCUGUUGCACUUCCUCUAAUUGUUGCAGUUUUGCAUUUGCUUUAUAACUUUAAAAAAUUUUGACAUUCAUAAUUUCUCCAUCUGAAUUUCAAAAAAUCAGAGAGCUUAAAACUUCUAAAACUUGUUUGCUCAUUUUUAUCUAGACAUUGUGAGAUUGGUCUCUGAACAAAAACAUCCUGAUGCGUUUCAUACUCCUCUACCAGGCUGCCCAAGUCGUACAGAAAGGCUUCCCAGGUUUUUGUCCAAAGAUGACAGUAAACCAUUAGUUCUCAGACUGAGAUGCAAAUAGAACAUUUCUCUUUUCAGUCCUACAAAAACUUGAAAAUGAGAGCAUGUUGUCUUUCUUUCUUGGCUGUAUUUGUACAAUUGGUCAGUGGUCAUUGGUCAAGGCUACUACACAGUAGUC